AAAAAAAAAAGUUUGAAAAAACUACGCCGAAACGGAACGCCCCAAAACUCCAAAACUAGCCGAUCGAGCGAGCGCCAAUCUCAAAUCGAAAUCCCGCUCUCUCUCUCUCUCUCUCUCUCCCCCCCCAUUCCUCCGCCUCAAAUCGCAAACCCUAGCCGUCGCCGUCGACGAGAGGUCGACGAGAAGUCGACGAGAAGAGGAGGAGGAGAAGCUGCUGCUGGUGGUGGUGGUGCUCCGCCAUGAACAACUUCCACGUCUACGAGGCCAUCGGCCGCGGCAAGCACUCGACGGUGUACAAGGGGCGGAAGAAGAAGAGCAUCGAGUACUUCGCCGUCAAGAGCGUCGACAAGUCGCAGCGGUCCAAGGUCCUCAAUGAGGUCCGAAUGCUUCAUUCCUUAGAUCAUCCGAAUGUUCUGAAAUUUUACUCAUGGUACGAAACCUCAGCUCAUUUUUGGUUAAUACUGGAGUACUGCGUUGGUGGAGACCUAAAGGGCUUGCUUGAGCAGGAUAAGAAGCUGCCUGAAAAUUCUAUACAUGACUUGGCUUAUGAUCUUGUGAAAGCUCUUCAGUUCUUGCAUUCACAAGGAAUUAUAUAUUGUGAUCUGAAACCAUCAAAUGUUUUACUUGAUGAAUCUGGGUGCAUGAAGCUGUGCGAUUUUGGAUUAGCAAGGCGUUUGAAAGACAUAGAGAAGACCAAUCCUGGAGAUGUGCCGCAACCUUUGAAGGGGACUCCAUGUUAUAUGGCUCCUGAGUUGUUCCAAGAGGGAGGAGUGCAUUCAUAUGCUUCAGAUUUCUGGGCACUUGGUUGUGUAUUGUAUGAAUGCUAUUCAGGAAGGCCCCCUUUUGUGGCUAAUGAAUUUACCCAGCUAGUCAAAUCUAUAAUUUCAGAUCCUACACCACCUUUGCCUGAUAACCCCUCAAGAUCCUUUCAAAAUCUGAUCAAUUGCUUACUCAUGAAAGAUCCUGCUGAAAGAUUACAGUGGUCUGAACUAUGCGAGCAUCACUUUUGGAGGAGCAGAAUGUCAAUUAUUCCUUUACCUCCUCAGCCUGCCUUUGACAACAUGGUCGACCUUUCUGCUACACCAUAUUUAGUUGAGAGAAAUGGUGAUAAACCUUCUAGACAGUCCACACCACCCAAGCCCCGUGAUGGCCUACGGAAGAAGGACGAAAAUUCUGCUAAGGUGUUCACCCCUGUUAAGAAUAUGCUAAGUGGUAAGAAAAACAAUGCAAAACCUUCCUGUAAGGCUGAUGGAUUGAAGGGUGUAAAUAUCCUCAGGAUGUCUCGUGUAGCUAAGAGGAAUUUGCAGAGAGAAAAAGACAAGGAGAACUACAGGCGACACCCUACAGAAGCUUCUGAGAAUGAUACAGAAGUUAAGAUUGAAAACAAUGAUAUGGAACUUGAUUUUGGUGAAAAUCCAGAAGGUGAUGCACCUGAUGACAAUGAUGGAUCAGACAAUCCUGGAUCCGCAGAAGAUGAAAAACUUUCCACUCAAGGCACUGAUGGUAAUGAAGAGAACUGCAUGAGUAAUCAGAUGGAUAUGCUCACAGAUGAAGGCCCAGUUAAGGCUGAAACCAUGAUAAAAACUGAACAUAAUUGUUCAGAAAAUCUUGAUGUGGUGGCCACUCCACCAAGUAUUUGUAUGAGGAAAGCACAACGAGCAAAGACAACUUCAGGUGCCGCAGCUGGUUCCGAGCCAUCUGACAUCUCUGCAGCAUUCUGGCAUCCAACAGAUCUUGCUGUUAAACCAGUUAUGCCUGGUAGGAAAGGAGAUAAAGCUGUAGAGACAGUCCCUAUGCUUCCGUUUGAAGCUCUUCCUGCUGUUGAUUAUAUUAAGUUGCCACGGGAACAAAUGAAUGCAUUCAAUAGUCAGAUACUUCAGAGUUUAAGUGGUACUUUUCAGGUUUCAGAGAAACAGAAUAUCAUCAAAUACCUGGAGAUGUUAAGCAUCAAUUCUGAUGCUGCAAAUAUAAUCACAAAUGGUCCAAUUAUGCUGUUGCUUAUAAAAAUGCUCCGUCUGUCAAAAACUUCAGUAUUGCGUGUCCAAAUUGCUUCACUUAUGGGAUUGUUGAUACGCUACUCCACUAUCCUUGAUAUAGAGCUGGCAAGUUCAGGGAUUUUUAAUGCACUAUCAGAUGGUCUAAGGGACAAGCAUGAUAAACUCAGGCGAUUCUGUAUGGCAACACUAGGAGAAUUACUGUUCUACAUUUCUACUCAAUCUGAUCAAGAUACCAAAGAAAUCAAUGCCCAAGAAUCCCCUUUGAAGGAUAACAGGGCCACAGCUUCUUGGCAGGUUCCAAGUUCUGUAAUUGCGCUGGUGUCAUCAAUCUUGCGUAAAGGUGAAGAUGAUCUAGCCCAGCUUUAUGCUUUACGAACCAUUGAUAACAUCUGUAGCCAAGGGACAGAUUGGACUUCACGUUUCGCUUCCCAAGAUGUAAUCAGUCACCUGUGCUACAUCUAUAGAGCAACUGGUAAGCAGGAGAAUACAAGACUUAUUGCAGGAUCUUGUUUGGCACGCUUAGCUCGCUUCAGCUCAUCUUGUAUUCAUUUAAUACUGGAGAGGCUGGCCUUCAAGGAUAUCGCAUGCACACUCAUUAAAGGCAAUUCACGUGAGCAGCAGAUCAGUUUGAAUCUUCUGAAUUCAGCACUAGUUAACAGCCAAAUCAUACCAACCAUGAACCGCUACAUUCAGUCGUUAACAGAAGAGAAGCAGUUGGUUCCUGGACUCAUCUCUCUUAUUGAACAGGGAACUGAUGUUCUGCGUGGCAAAACCCUUCUAUUUGUUGCUCUUCUUUGCAAGAACAGUCGAAGAUGGCUUCCUCAUUUCUUUUGCAAUGCAAAACUACUAUCAGCAGUUGAUAGAUUGGGAAAGGAGAAGGAAGGCUUCAUUCAUCAAUGCACAGAAGCAUUUGUGCAGUUGGUUGCUUCAUUGGUCCCAGGCAUCCUUGACACUGUCUCUAGUGAUAUACAACAGGUUAUGGGAGGCAAGCGUCAUGGAGCUGCUACUGCUUUAACUGGACGAGCUCAUCCAAAGAGCAUAAUUCAUUUGUUUCCUGUUAUCCUUCAUCUUCUUGGGAGUGUUUCAUUCAAUCACAGAGUUGUGACGAGCCAUGUAUUGCUUCAGUUGGCAAAUCUUAUGAAAAUUUUGGAAGCACCAUUUCAGGCUCGGGAUGAUUUUCAAAUGACACUAUUGAGGGUUCUUGAGGCAGCCACGGAGGAGCCUUCUGUUAUACUUAAUGAACACAAAAUAUUCACAAGUCGAAUCCUUCCAAGCUUAUCCGUCUUGUACAAGGGCAAUAAAGAUGGUGAUGCCAGAUUCCUAUGUUUAAAGAUACUGUCCGAUGUGAUGAUUGUGAUCUUCAGUGACUCUUCAUUGACGUCUAAUGAGCAAACAGUAUCUGACCUGGAAAAGAUCUCUCAGAAGUAUUUUCUCCCCAUGUAUCCAUCAUUUGCAGAGGAUGAAGAUCCAAUACCUAUAUAUGCCCAGAAACUUCUGGUAAUGCUGAUGGAGCAUGAUUAUGUUAAGGUUUCUGAUAUUCUCAAUGAAGCAACAGUAUCCCGGUGCUUUGAAUUUUUGCUAGGAGAUUUGUCUAAUGCAAAUGUAAGUAAUGUCAAGCUUUGCUUUGCAUUGGCAUCUGCUCCCGAUAUGGACACCGACAUUCUUUCUCAGCUUCAAGUUGUCAGAAGAAUAGGGAACCUGCUGGAGUUUGUGACUGCAAAAGAUAUGGAUGAUUUUCUAGAACCAACCUUGGAACUUUGCAGAGCAUUCAUUAUCCGGGGCAUCAGCAGUGACAAAAUUGUGGCCCUUUCCAAAGAGCCCGCACUCCUUGUUGAUAGUGCCUUCAGCAUGAGCAUUGCUGUCGAUCAACAAUCAUGCGUCAUGGAUAUAUGCGACUUUGGUGGCAACAUGGGCAUUUUCCUCGACCUAGUUGGAAGUUCAGAUCCACAUAUAAGCGAUUUGGCAUCAGACUGCUUGGUGCUGUUACUCAAAGCAGCACCUCGGGAGGCUACGGUGGGCUUGCUGACCAAUCUUCCUAAACUGAGCGUUGUUCUGGACCUGCUGAAGCAUGGCACCUGCCUAAGGCUGACUCGCCUGCUGUAUUGCCUGGCCUUCUCCUGCAGGCAAUAUCUAGCGCAAGGAAUGAUCGUGUCGAUAUCUUUGUCAGCCUUGAUGCGAGUAGAAGCACUCGUGUCGGCAUUCAAGGGUUCACAUGAUGGCUGCCUUGCUGACGCCGCCUCAUAUUUGGGCGCUGAACUGCAGCGUUUACCUCGCUGUGGUUGAGCCGAAGUUUGGUCAGGUGCUGGCUUGGUUGGCAUUGUGCAAGUGAUGUUCAUAGGGAUCAUAAGAGAGGGCCUCAGCCUUGUAUUUCUUCACCGUUUCUUGCACCAAGCUAUGAUCAUGGGUUCUCACCAUCCGAAGUGAUGACUGAUGAACCAUCCGAUUGGCUGUGUGAUCAUUUAUCUAUAUGCAACGUGGAGCUGCUGUUCUUUCAGUAUACCAUUUCUGGCCAAAUCUGGAGAGGCAGCUUGUGGCCAAAACCCUUCCUGUAUUUCCCCUGUGCCAAUUUUGGUUGGCGUUUCAUCGGUUUUCAGUUUCUCACCAUGUAAUGCUGUAGAGUUUCAUAGCCCUUAAAAUCAUGUAUAUUUGUACACUCCCUUUUACUUUACCAAGCAACGGGGUGGAAAUUUAUUGUUAUGAAUGCCUGUAAAGCUCUGUGAAUCUGUGAACCAACAGGACUAUAUUGGAGCAUGGUGCUAUCAACCUAGCUGCCGCUGUCUAAUGGUCCCUUUUACUAGAUAA